CGAAGCCGAAAACUUGGACAAAAAGUUACAUUCCAAAUCCUCUGCACAAAAUUCAGCAAACCGCCUCCUCUCUACCUUUUCCGUUUUCCCAUCUUUUGAAGACUUAUUUUUCUCUUGAGAAAAGCCAAACUCGUCGUCUUCACAGAUUCACAGAGCUCUCUCUCUCUGUAAACAGUUCCUCUUCAUCUUGUUCACAAGUUUGUUUCGAAUCAACGGACAGUGAAGCAGCUGUUCUAGCGGUCUUCACUGGUUCAAUCCAGUUCCAGAAAGUAGAAAGUAACCGUCGGCCGAUUGUUCUAUCUAUCUCCGGUGAUUAUUUUUCCGGUGGCUGCGUUUAUCGAACCCCUUUUAGGUGGGUUUCAAAAGGGUCUUCGUGUUUUGUAAUUGCUGUGUUUUUUGGGUAAUGUGGGAUUUUGGUCAGACACCUCUCGAAGAUAUUUGACUCUAGAGAGAGAGAGAGUGAUAGAUGGAGAUUGGGGGAAAAACCCUAGAGAGAGUGAAUUAAACUAUUGUCACCCACAAAAGGAUUCCUCGAUUUAAAGUUGAAAUACUUUCGGGUUUUUUCCUAUUUUGUCUCGAUUUUCGAAUUGUUCUUCGGAUUUGGGAAAUUUUACUGCUCCGAAGUCAUGCCGGCCGAUGAGAAGGAUUCGUCCAUGGCUUCCGGGAAGGCUAGUGUUUCUUCUCCGGGAGCGAAAUCUGCCACUAAGAAAAAGCGAAAUCUACCCGGAAUGCCAGAUCCGGAAGCGGAAGUAAUUGCUCUGUCUCCGAAGACCCUUUUUGCCACAAAUCGUUUUGUUUGUGAGAUUUGCAACAAGGGGUUUCAGAGGGAUCAGAAUCUGCAGCUUCACCGGCGAGGUCAUAAUCUUCCAUGGAAGCUCCGGCAGAGGACAAGUAAGGAGGUGAAGAAGAAGGUCUAUGUUUGCCCUGAGAGUUCUUGUGUUCAUCAUGAUCCCUCCAGAGCUCUGGGUGAUCUGACCGGGAUUAAGAAGCACUUUUGCAGAAAGCACGGUGAGAAGAAGUGGAAAUGCGACAAGUGUUCGAAGAAAUACGCUGUUCAGUCUGAUUGGAAAGCUCAUUCCAAAAUUUGUGGAACCAGAGAGUAUAAAUGCGAUUGUGGAACUUUGUUUUCCUGGAGGGAUAGCUUCAUUAGACAUAGAGCUUUCUGUGAUGCAUUGGCGAAGGAAAGUUCAAAAGCUCAGCCUAUGCCGGUGGACAAACCGGAUUUGCACUCCGACCCCGAUGGCGAUUCUCAGUCAGCGGCGGUCAAACCAAAUCUAGAGCCUUCUCCUCCACCUCCACCUCCACCGCCUCCGCCAUCAUCACCGCCGGUUUCAUCUCCUCCACAGUCAACUGGUGAGCUAAUAACUGCAUUACCUGUGCCUAGUCAAGAGCUGUCGGAGAAUCCCUCGCAAUGUACUGAAGAAGCGCCCGGUACACCUGGCCUGAGUCGGAGCAGCAGCAGCAGCAGCAAGAGCGCGAGCAGCAAUAGCAGCUCGAGAAGCAGCGGAUUUGCUGGCUUAUUUGCUUCGUCGAUGACAUCAAGGAGCCUUCAACCUCCAAGACCUCCUGGUUUUACAGACCUAAUGCAAGCCAUGGUUUGUUCAGAUCGCUCAUCAGACUAUGCAUCAUCUUCAACCAUUGAACCUACUUCUCUGUCUCUUGCAAUGAAUCAAGGGCCAUUGAUCUUCGGAACAGCCAGCCAAGACCUCCGGCAGUAUACGCCAACGCCACAGCCUGCAAUGUCCGCCACAGCAUUACUCCAAAAAGCAGCUCAAAUAGGUGCAACAGCAUCAAAUGCCUCGUUGCUUCGUGGUUUGGGUUUAGUAUCAUCUUCUUCCUCUUUAGCUGCCCAGCAAGAGAGCUUGCCAUGGAACCACCAGAGCCAUGGUCAACCUGAUGGCAUCUCGAUCGCUGCAGGGCUCGGACUCGGACGUCCCUGUGAUGGAAACUCAGGAUUGAAGGAACUAAUGAUGGGAAACCAUUCCAUGUUUCCCCCAAAACAUACCACCCUGGAUUUCCUUGGAUUGGGAAUGGCAGCUGAUGGAAGCCCCAACACUGGCCUGGCUGCGCUAAUUACAUCAGUCGGCAGCGGUGUAGACAUCGGGGUAACAACAUUAUCAUACGGUGGUAGCGGUGUAGACGUCGGGGUAACAACGUUAUCAUACAGCGGCAGCGGUGACAUACCGGAGAAGAAAACGGAAACAGAAUAAGAGAAGCUCUCUUUUGAAAUGUAAAAUUGCGAGAACCCCACAGAAUCUCUUCCCUUUUUGUCUUUCAGGUUACUAAACAUUUGGUUUUGUGAACUCUUGCUGUCGGGUAGCGGCUUUAGAAACAGAAGCGACAUGGAAGGAAGCCAUGACUGUACUUAUUGUAAGAUCAGUGGAUCAACCAGUAAAUUAAACUUAAAACACAUUGUAAUCUGAAAUUUGAAAUGUGAAAGUGACAAAACUAGAACAUCAUCAUUAAAUUAUAAAUUACACUUUAAUGGUUAUAAUU